UCUGUUUAAAGUUUUGUUUUCACAUACGUCCCAAAUUACAGAUAAUUUUCUUACACAGGCACGAGUAGCAUCGUCAAGGCCGUACCACCUGGUCAUACAUCAAGUCUGACAAUUUCCCCGCCAGUAAAUUCUGUUUAUAGUUUUGUUUGUCAUACAUGACCGUGCAGAUAUGGGGUGACAGAGACAAUUAAAUUGUAUUACGUCGAGCGGGGGGCCUUUUCCUCCUCCUAGAGGCACAACGCCUUACCAAAGUUUGUACCAGCCAAAGAACCACAAGUUUCAUCGAGACCUUACCCGGUAAGUAUAUUAUUUCUUUUAUUCCUGUUAUAAAAAUGCUAUUCAAUUAAAAAAUAACAUUCUAAUAAUAGGUAUUCUCUCUUUUUUUUUUCUAUGUACGAGAGAGAGAGACUACGCCGACCGGUCAAGAGAAAAUCUGCGAGAGAAUCAACAGAGACAUUAACAAGCAUGUUAAAUGAAAGGGGUUCUGAAGCAGAAGCGGGGCUACCCCCCACCGACGAGGUCGCAUACGGAGCAACACCCCCAGCGGCUAUACCCGAAGCCUUAUUAAAUGAAAUAGCCAUUAUCAACAAUGCUAAUAAUGAAAAUGAUGCGGAUUACUCUGCUCAACACGACUCGCCACCAGCGGCGUCUGCUGAAACACUGGCCCAGGACCCCUGUUUUCUCCCAUCCUUAGAGACAUUAACAAGCAUGUUAAAUGAAAGGGGUUCUGAAGCAGAAGCGGGGCUACCCCCCACCGACGAGGUCGCAUGGUCCCCCGCGGAUUCUGAAUUGUGGGAGGCCUUGUCAGACGUGGAAUUUCUUCUCGAUGCUGAGGAGAUUGAAAAUGAAUUUGGGCUGGGACAAUUUGAAAAUGUUCAACAGGAAGGUGGCGGUGCCGUCGGUGACGUGGAUCCCCAGCCUGACGGGGUCCUUCAUCGCCGCAGAUUCAAUAACGUACAGAUUAGGCGGAUUCUAAAUAUCCCGCGACCUAGAAACGAAGGCAAUUUCCGCGAGUACUAUGAAAAUGUAAUCGAGGGGUUUCAAAAUAUUGUGAAUGAGGCGAUUCCUUACGCCGUAUGGGGAGCCUAUAUACAGGUCACCCUGCGCGCUGACUUUUUAAACGACGAGCUGUCGCAAAUUGUACGGUAUGGGGUGGGGGAGCUGACAGACUUGCAGCAGCUGCUGGAUCGCCUGGUACAGUCUAAUCAAGAGAUUUUAAACGAUUCCAACCUAGAAGUAAUCGUAGACGUAAUAAAUAUCCCACGCGGCGGCGGCGGGAACAAACGUAAACUACAGACCAUGUUAGCUUCAGAAAUAAUUUCUAAAAAAGCCAGACACAUGUUUAUCAUUAAUAACAACACCAACGCGUGUUUCGCCAUAAACUUGGCGCAUCUGCUGCACGAAAACUUGGCUGACGCCGAGGCUGAAAAGCUCGGCCUGGAGUUACAGGAGAAAGCGGGAUUCAGCCCCGACCACACAGUCGCUUUGAAUGACAUUAUCAAUUUCGAGAAAAUCAUUGAUUGCAAAGCAGUGGUGUAUUAUCAACAACCUUAUUCAAACAAUCUCCAAAUUUACCAGACACCCACGCCUACCGACGAAUUCCUCCAGCCUGAACCUUUGCCUGAAACAAACAGGAUUCAAGACCUCCAAGAGGUUGAGCAGCAACUGGAGGUUCAGCUGCUUAAAAUGCAUGAGCGUGAGAAGGAACUGACAGAGCAGGUCAGUAACUAUAUCAGUGGAAUGUCGACGCUGAAUGAGAACUACCAGGACAUGUACUGGGAUGUACUGUUCAAAGCAGUGAUCACUGCAGGUGUCGUGGUGCUGCUGGUGGGUGUGGCCUUGAUGGGCUAUCUCAGAUUCCUAAGGGAACAGCGGAAAAGGGACCUUGGAUAUGUGGAGAGGAAAGUGUGCAUGACACAAAGUAGGGUGUAG